AUGCUCGGCACCAGCGAGGAUGGUUUCAUUCGGCCUAGAUGGAUGCAGGCUAUGGGGAUUACACAGUCGUGGUCUUGCCCUAUGGAUGAUAUAAGAAUUGAAGGCACACAUGAUGGUCGGCCUUUCGAAAUCUUUGCUCGAUUUGAGCUAUGGAAGGCUCAUCGAGAUUUCCUAAAAAAUGAUACUGCCAGUGAUACCCACAUCAGAUCACCUCUGUUAGCAAGAGCUUGGGAUUUCCAAGAGCUCUACCUUUCACCCCGGACGAUUCACCUUCACUCCUCUGUCAGGCUUCCUGCUUUGGCGGGUCUUGCAAGUCAGUUUCAAGAGCAGACUACUGGGGACUAUUUUGCCGACCUGUGGCAGAACGACCUUGUUAGAAUGCUAUUGUGGUGUCUAAAGGACUCAACAGUGGGUUGUACUAGAAGUCGCCAGUCAGCCGCGCCGUCAUGGUCAUGGGCGUCGAUUGUCGACUAUGAUGAACUUAAUGGCAGAGGCGACAAUCCUCCAAGUUACAUACUUGUUCAAAGAUUUUGCACCAGCUUCAAGCACGAUACUAAUGCUGAAAUACUAAAGGUCGAAUAUGCGGCAGCCGGUAUCAAUCCUUUCGGACAAGUUUCAAUGGGCACGAUCUUGAUCCGUGGCACUAUAGUAUAUUCGACAGUUAGUAAGGCGCAGCUUUUGGGGGUCUUGCUUACCACGGCUCGCGUAGCCGGUUUGCUUUAUCACGCUCCGUGA